UAAUAUCAACUGAUCAGUAGAGCCUGUCCUAAAACCACGAGAACCCAAGAGUUGCACCUCAUCACCUCAUCAUUCGUCCCUGACUACAGCUAUCUCGCUGCAGCCGUCAUCUUCCCUAAGCUUUCCCACAUGUGAUGGCUCCCAAAUCAAAGUCUAACUCUGGUGGCGGUAAAGGCAAGGGCAAAGGUUCUGGUGCUCAAGAAGAGGGCUCGACUGGCUCCAGCGGUAAGCUUAAACCGGCCACCUCAAUCAACACCCGUCAUAUCCUGUGCGAAAAGCAUUCCAAAAAAGAGGAAGCCCUAGCCAAGUUGCGAGAGGGUGCAAAGUUUGAUGACGUGGCUCGUGAGUUCUCUGAAGAUAAGGCACGACAAGGCGGAUCCUUAGGCUGGAAGGUCAGAGGUAGCCUACACGGAGACUACGAGAAAGUUGCCUACGAGUUAGAACCAAGCACGACAGCCCAUCCCAAAUACGCUGAAGUCAAAACAACACAUGGCUACCAUAUCAUUAUGGUCGAAGGCCGCAAAUGAGUGAAUAUGAGAUAGUCAAGGGUACUUUUCAAUGGAUCAACGGACUUGCCACACUCACAUCAGCGAGCAUGUCCAAGGCCAUGUGCUCCAAUUGAUGCUUUCUCUUGCGAGGAGAGCCAUUGACGGGAAGCACCAGGACACUGACGGCAGGGCCCUUGCCCACCGGGUCCAUCUCUGGAGGAGUAUGGGUGGGUCGGACAAGGCCUGGAUCGGGGCCCACGAAUCCUGGUGGGCUAGGUCGAUCUUGAGGGGGAGUAAGGGCCGUAGGUCGAAUAACAUGACGGCCGCCUCUGUCGCUCAGCUUCUGAGCCGCACAACUGGCUAGGUCAAGUGUGAGAAAGCCGCUCGACCGUGGCUCGUCGUGGGUGGGUGGAAUGUGUUGAGCGAGGUGAAAAGUGCUGGUACGGGGUAGCUCGACCAGGUUCAAGAUGCCACUGGAUCGGGGCUCAUCACAAUCUGGUGUGAUGGUGCUCACGCCGUUUGGGGACAGAGCGCGGGAUGAAGGAGUAUGAACAGAUCUUUCAUCGACACUGGAUGGAACUCGAUGAGAGCUGGUGUCAGAGGAUGCCUGGGUGUUGUGAUUAGGCUCCUCCAACGCAUGAGUGCGGGCGGUUCGUCUCCUUUUGGACCGUGAACCUUCCAAUUCCUCGACACGCUUAUCCAUCGCCAUGGUGGCAUCAUCAAUGACGAUGACACGGUCCCUAAGUCGAACGUGUUCAUCAUAGUUGCCUUCCAGCCUAUCUUCAAUUUCGGUCAAUCUGCGACG